GACUUCCUUUUUGGCGGGAAAAGGAGAGCCGCGCUUUUCAAAUAAAAUUUUGUUUUAUUUUAAAUUAAAUUGUCUUUUUCAAGACAGAGUGCUUUUGGAGGAGAAUAAUGUCUUCAGAGAGUGAUGGUGAUGAAGACGGGUCUACAAAGUCACCCGUAGACUCGAAAAAGAGGCGAUUAGAUAACUCUGUAAAAUCGAACGAUGUCGAUAAGUAUAAGCCUUACUCUAAACCCGAUUAUAAGCGAUCCUACCCGGAUAAUAGUAACAUAGAAGAGUUCCCUGUUUACGUACAGGGAAUUAAACUGGAAGAUAAGAUAGGUAAUAAAAAUCCUUUGCAUUUAUCAAAAAUUUUCAAAAACGUGAAGGGCAUUAAGGAAUGUCGUCGAGUUAAUGCGGCCAAAAUUAUGCUGGUUUUCAAACAAGCUGCAGCUGCUAAUGAUUUUCUGAGUCACGUUAGCUUACGUGACAAUAAUAUGAAAGCUUUUGUACCAGCCUCUUCGGUGGAGCGAGUGGGUAAAAUUCGUUUUAUCCCUAAAGAAUGCAGUAACGCGGAUUUAUACCACAAAUUAAUGGCUGACUCUGAAAUUGUUGGUGUUAGACGUUUUACGAAAAGAACUUGUGAUGGUCUGGAACCCCUUACUACUAUAAGCGUUACCUUUGUAGGUACUGUUCUCCCUCAGUAUGUUUAUUUAGACAACUGGCGUUACAAAGUUUUCACUUAUAUUCCUCCUCUCAUGCAAUGUUUUAAAUGCAUGAAAUUUAGACACAGUGCCAAAGUAUGUAGAAACAAUCAGGUUUGUUCAAAGUGUUCAGGUGAUCAUUCCUAUAAGGAAUGCUCAGCUGAAUUUUUAAAGUGUGUUAACUGUGGAGGAGACCACUUGGCAGUAUCCAGGUUUUGUCCUCAAAAAGCAGCUCAGAUUAAAAAACAUGAAAAUAAUUAUUCUUCUAAAAUGUAUUCAACUGUAUUAUUGUCUAGUGAUUUUCCUCAGUUACCUAGUGAUAAAUCAGUUGUAAAGUUGGCUCACAAUAAAUUAGCUUCACCUACUGUCCAACCUAAGAAAAAAAAGUUAUCACAAAAUUCAUCAGAUAGUUCAAUUUCAGUCCAGUCUACUCCUCCUAAUAGUGGUUCCUAUGAUCACCUCAUUAAAGAUGAUCAGUUCUUGAGUAAAAUUAUCAAAACUUUAGUUAUGUUAGGCAAUUCUAAUACAGCAAACACAACUGCACACAUUAAGGAUAUAUUAAUACAAAACUUAACAAAAUAAUGGAUUAUUUACGAUUAAUGCAACAUAACAUACAGAGUAUCAAUAAUAAAAAACCUCUUCUUAAAUCUUUAUUAUAUGAUAAUAAAAUAGAUGUGUGCUUGCUAAAUGAAACUUGGUUAAAAGAUUCUGGUCUGCCUUUUUAUAUACCUGGUUAUAUAUUUGUUGGAAAAAAUGCUAAAAAUAAGCAUGGAGGUGUAGGUAUUUUAAUAAAAAAUGAUAUUAAAUUUAAGGUCUUAAAAACUACUUUCUAUCAAAAUAUUCAAUUUAUAGCUAUUUCUAUAAUAACAGGAUGUGGUCCUGUCUCAGUGCUCUGUGUCUACUGUCCACCAAAUAAUAGCUCAAUUAGUUUGAUUAAUUUGAGAAAGAUUAUUUUGCAAUUACCCAAGCCUUGUCUUGUAUCUGGUGAUUUUAAUGCUCACAAUAUAGCUUUUGGUUGUGAUACUACCAAUUCAAGAGGUCGUGAAUUAUUUGAUAUAUUUGAUGAUGCUGAUUUAUGUAUUUUAAAUUCUGGUGACCCUACUACUAUUUCUAGACCUGGUAAUAAUGCAUCAGCCAUUGAUGUUACUUGUGUUAGCCCUGAUAUUGCACCACUUUGUGAGUGGUAUGUCGGUGAUGACUCUUUAGGGAGCUAUCAUUUACCUACUUUUGUUAACAUCAUUACCUCAACUCAAAAAUAUACAGUUCAAGAGUCUAUACAUAAGUAUUUAUAUAAUAAAACAAACUGGAAUAUGUACAAUGAUAAAUCGAAAGAUAUAUUUGAUAAAUUUUCUCCUUCAACAAUUGAUCCUUUAGUUCAAUAUGAUGAAUUUUCUAAAUUACUACUUAGUUUAAAAGAAAACUGUGUUCCAUUGUUAAAGCAUAAAUCUUCUAGUAAAAAGUCUGCUCCUCCAGCUCCUUGGUGGAAUGAUACUUGUGCCGAGGCUGUAACCAAAUCAAGAGAAGCGUUAGCUAAUUAUAGACGUAAUAUGACAAUGGACAAUUAUAUAGAAUAUAAGAAAAUAGAUUCGAGGAAAAAAAUUAUUAUAAAAAUGGCUAAGAAAGACAGUUGGAAAAGUCUUUGUUCGUCUUUUAAUAGAUUCACUCCAGUAUCCAGAGUGUGGAAUUUUAUUAGAAGAUUUAAGAGAAUUAACAUUAAUAGAAAUGUGUCCAAAAAUGAUGAGUGGAUAGCAAGUUUUUUAGAGAAGUUAGGGCAACCUAGUAAUAACAACGAUAAUAUUUCUGGUUUAUUCGAAUUUAAUGAUGGAAGUCAGUGGAGCAAGUUUCUACUUAACUCUUUUUGUUUUGAAGAACUUGACAUGGCUUUGUCUUCAAGAAAGAAUACAACUCCUGGUCUUGACGAUAUACCUUAUAUUAUGCUUCAAAAUCUACAUGUUUCUGUAAAACAUAUUCUACUUAAUAUUUUAAAUUCGCUUUGGUCUCAGCAAUUGAUUCCAGAAUCCUGGAGGUUGCAAUGUGUCAUACCAGUGUUAAAACCUGACAAACCCAAUGAUCAUUUUAAUUCGUACAGACCCAUUUCUCUUACAUCUUGUGUAGGGAAAUUGUUUGAGCAAAUGAUUAAGAUUAGACUGGACUAUUUUGUUGAAAACCAGAAACUUAUUCCUUCUUGUCAGUUUGGAUUCAGAAAAGGCAAAAGUGCAGCAGAAAGUUUUAUAGCUUACCUGUCUGAUAUGAAGAAGUGUUUGUUAUCAGGUUCUACUGCAAUUUGUGUUUUCCUUGAUGUUCAGGGGGCAUAUGAUAAUGUAGAUCUUCACCAAUUAAUUAAGGUGCUAUAUUCUUUGGGCUUCCCA